AUGCCGAAAUUCGUACCCAGGCAGCGCAAGCACAAAGUCGUAGCGCGACAGAAGAGCGCAAACGGGGCGCAAAUCGAAGACGCCAACGCCGAGCAGAUCUUACCAGCAGAACAACGCGAGCGCGAAGAGAAGAGGAGGGCCCUAAAGGAUGAGCUCGUGCGCGAAUCACAAGGCAAGAUCAGCGGAAAGAAGAAGAAGCGAUUGGAUAAAUACGUCGAUACGAAACUGAAGAAGGAGGAGAACCUAGCCCUUCUCAAGAAAUUGGCUGCAACGAGAGUUGACACCAGCUUGUUUCAGAGCUCCAAGAAGCUUGGAAGCGGUUCUGACUCGAAGAAGGAAGCUUUGCGACGGGCGCUAGCUGAGCGCAAGGCAGGCAUAGAUGUGGACAAGAAUGAACGAAUCCUGUUUGAAGAGCGACCUGUACGGGAAUACAAGCAGGAGAGCGAAGGCUCUGACAGCGAGUCAGCAGCGUUUCCGCAACAAGCCUCAAAAAAGCCUUCUGAAUCACGGGCUAUUCUCCCUGAAAGCGACUCGUCGCUCUCCGCACCCACAGUUGCGACACGCACCCAGCCAUCAGCCUCUACACCUGUGCCGGCACCUACAAAGUCACAGUCUGCUGGGUCGUUCGGAGGCGGUCUCAAGCGUCCGCUCGAGGUGGACGAAUCGGGCAAACCCAUCAUACAAGUGCGCAAGCGUAGAAAGGCAAAGAACAAGCCAGUCAUCAUUGAGCAGGAUGUUGAGUGGGAAGGGUUCAGCUCUGAUGACGAGCAAGACGCCGAAACCGCCGACGGAGAAGCCAGUGCAGCAUCUAGCGCUGGCUCCGAUGCGUCUAAUGUGGAGUCAGGAAGUGAGAGCGAGGCAGCAGGGUCGACUUCAGAGGAAGCUGGAGAUUCAGAAGAGGAAGAGGACGACUCAGAAGACUCAAGCGACGACGACGACAGUCAUGUGGGCCCCGACGAGAGCGGCAAAAUCGCCAAGAAAGAGAAGACAUCUGCAUUCAAAGCAUGGGCGACGCAGCAACGAAACGAGGCCAUCGGAUUCGUCCCGACGAACAAUUUGUCACAAGCACUUCUGCCGAAGCCUGCGAAUUUUAAACCCCGUGCCCCCGAGCAGGAUCCAUUACCUGAUGAAUUACGAACGGACACUGCAACAGAUACUACACGGAAGGCUUUCAGCGUCAAUGUAGAAAGGUCUGCUGAAAUACAAGAAUCACGAUUGCAGCUUCCAAUCGUAGCAGAAGAGCAGAAGAUAAUGGAGGCGAUACACAACAACGAUGUAGUAGUUGUUUGGGGAGCCACAGGUAGUGGUAAGACAACGCAAGUGCCACAAUUCCUAUACGAAGCCGGUUACGGUGCUCCAGAUGGACCAACGCCAGGCUUGAUUGGCGUCACUCAGCCUCGACGUGUUGCAGCAGUGAGUAUGGCAAAACGUGUUGGUGAUGAGCUUAGCAGCCACGGAUCAAAAGUUGCAUAUCAAAUCCGAUUCGACACCACAACGAGCGCGAAGACGGCGGUGAAGUUCAUGACAGAUGGGGUGCUGCUACGAGAGAUCACGCAAGACUUCGUGCUAACCAAGUACUCUGCCAUCGUCAUCGAUGAAGCACACGAACGCAGCGUGAACACAGACAUAUUGAUCGGAAUGCUCAGCAGAAUCGUUGACCUUCGAGCUCAGAUGGCCAGAGAGGAUGCCAAAAUCAACCCUCUUAAGCUUGUUAUCAUGUCUGCUACUUUGCGAAUAUCGGAUUUCACAGAAAACAAGCGACUGUUUCGAGGUUUGCCUCCGCCACUCAUCAAGGCAGAGGGGCGACAGUACACUGUUACGAAUCACUUUGCUCGUCGCACUCAACGAGAUUACGCGGAGGAGAUGUUCCACAAAGUAUCCACAGGCCAUCGCAAGCUACCCAAGGGUGGUAUGCUUGUUUUCGUCACAGGGCAAAAUGAGAUAGCACACCUUGCCAAACGCCUGAAGCAGACAUUCGCUUCAACGCAAGGACAUGACGCCAAGGCCGGAAAAGUGCUGGUGUCGCCUGCUGACGCUCCCUUGGAAACGGAGGAUAUCGAGCUAGGCUCAAAGGACCAUGAUCUGGAAGAUGAUGGUUCGGACUCCGAGGAUUCUGUUAUCCAUGGACUAGAUGACGAGGACGACAAGGAAUUUGAGAUUGAGGACGAAAAACCAGAGGAUACCGUUUUGAAUGUGCACGUAUUGCCGCUCUACUCGCAGCUUCCCACCAACCAACAAUUGCGCGUCUUCGAACCGCCCCCAGAUGGCUCGCGCCUCAUCGUGCUUGCUACGAACGUUGCGGAGACAAGUUUGACUAUUCCAGGCAUUCGAUAUGUCUUUGAUUGUGGCAGAGCAAAGGAGAAGAAGUACGAUCUUGUGACUGGAGUACAGAGUUUCGAGGUUGGUUGGAUCAGUAAAGCCAGUGCGAACCAGAGAGCUGGUCGUGCAGGUCGUACUGGUCCAGGUCAUUGCUAUCGUCUGUACUCCUCUGCGGUCUAUGAAAGGGACUUUGAAGAGUAUGCUGCGCCAGAGAUCUCAAGGACGCCUCUUGAGGGCGUCAUCCUUCAGCUCAAGAGCAUGGGCGCGCCUGUUGUCAACUUCCCAUUCCCGACACCACCGAACCGUGAAAGCCUACAAAAAGCUGAGAAUCUGCUUUCGUAUCUAGGAGCUCUAUCUAUUGAUGGUAAGGUAACGAAGCUUGGUCACGAGUUGUCGCUCUACCCACUCAAUCCACGAUUCGCACGCAUGGUGGCAAUGGGCGUAGCACAAAGCUUAGCAGCCGAAACAAUUGCUCUGGUAGCGGCCCUCUCCGUUCCAGAACUCAUCAUCCCAGAAAACAAGCUCGGUCUACGCGAGCCUACCAGAGAUCCUGACGCAGUUCGCACCGAAGAGGACAAUGUGGAGGCUGAAGAACGCUCCCGCCUCCGCAAGGCCUACAACGCUGCACAAGCCAAACUCGCUGUCAACGCCAAACAAAGCGACUGCAUCAAGUUCAGCAAUGCUGUAUGUGCUUACGCCUAUGAGACGGAUUCCCGUCAUUUCUGCGAGGACAUGUUCCUCAAUGCGAAAGCCAUGAACGAAGCAGCGCAGCUCCGCCAUCAACUCACAAACAUCGUACGCGCCCAUCGUCCGACCGCUAUCUCAACAUACAACCCCAAGCUUCCAGCGCCGUCAGAACGCAGCAUCAAUCUCCUCACGCAAAUUUGUGCCGCUGGAUUCAUUGACCAAAUAGCCAUGCGAGCCGAUCUGGCUCCUGUGCCACCUGAACUAUCUCGCAAACCUAAGACGGCGAUUGACGUGCCUUAUGUCACGCUGUUUCCCUCGCAAGUAGAUAGAGGCGACGACCCAUACGUUUUCCUGCAUCCAAGUAGCCUGCUGGCAAGGACACCACCUGCCAAGAUGCCAGGCUAUAUCAUAUACUCUCACCUGCAACGCGCCUCCGCGUCAACUAUCAAUGGCACAAAGGCACCCAAGACAAGACUUCAACCACUCACGCCCAUAACGCGACCACAGAUCAUUAAUAUCGCGCUAAACACACCGUUACUACAGGCGUCCAAGCCGAGGGGCAAAAUUGUCGAAAUGGCUCAGAAGCGGAGAGAGUGCGAGGUUGAGAUGAGUUUGGUAGGAGAUAAAGGCACCCAAGGCUGGGGAUUGGGUGUUCGGAGAGUCGUGCAACGCAAGGAAAAGAGUGGCAGUUGGGUGGUCGAGAAGAUACUUGAUUGA